AUGUCACCCAAUACCUCUGAUGAUACAGAUGACGAAACAAUCACCUCUUCUGCCCCUCAGAAUGAUCAAAACGAAGAAUCUCUUUCACCUGCUGCAGUCGCGCGCCUUGUUCGACGUGUCUCGGCUGCACACGACCCAGACCGGAAAAUCGACCCUUUUGACGUUGACGACCCAAACUGGACUCUGGAAAGGACGCUUGCAAUUGCUAUCGAUCGAGGAGCACGGGAUGGCGCAGGGCCUCUGUCACCACAUGUGACGCUUGCGUGGAAGGAUGUCUCCGUAUACGGCGACGAUGUCGGCAGGGCUACACAGCAAGACGCGCUGUCCCUCUUCACCAAUCUCAUCACUAUGAUCCGCAACUCAUUGAAGAAGCCGCAAGAGAGAAGAAUUCUCCAUGAUAUCGACGGAAUACUCGCUCCUGGCGAGAUGAUGUUGGUCCUUGGGCCUCCAUCCAGUGGUUGCACGACAUUGUUGAGAAUGCUCUCUGGACAGAUCGAAGGCUACCGGAAAUGGUCUGGAUCUAUCAGCUACAGCGGUAUCAAUCUUGAGACUAUGCGAAAGCGAUUCGCAGGUAUGCUGACCUUCAACGACGCCAUCGACCACCACUUCCCCUAUCUUACGGUUUCUCAAACUUUGGAGUUUGCAGCCAGUACCAAGACACCUCGGAUGCGUAUGGACGGUGUCUCACGAAAGCAGUACAUCGAAGGCAUCAAAAACAUCCUCAUGGCAAUCUUCGGUUUAAGACACACAGCCCAGACCCGCGUGGGCAAUGACUUCGUACGAGGUGUAUCUGGAGGCGAGAGGCGUAGAGUUUCAAUCGCUGAAAUGCUUCUUACUCGAGCUUGCGUGACCUGCUGGGACAAUCCAACAAAGGGUCUUGAUAGCUCAACAUCUUUAGACUUCGCCAGAGCGCUGCGUGUUGCCACCGACCUCACCAAUAACGUAUCCAUAUCUGCUUUGUACCAGCCAGGUGAUUCACUGGCUGGCACGUACGACAAAGUGCUGCUUCUUCAUGAGGGUCGCCAGAUCUACUUCGGAGACGUGCACGCAGCGAAAGGUUUCUUCGAAACCAUGGGCUUCGUCUGCCCCUCUCGUCAGACUGUUGCAGAGUUCCUGGUCUCUAUAACAGAUCCAAGCGCACGAGUUGUGCGUGAAGGUUGCGAGAACCAAGUUCCACGUACUGCACAAGAGUUUGAGGAUCGUUGGAGAGCCAGUGCUGAUUACCACAACUUGAGGCUGGCGAUCGAAGAACAUCUCGACACAGUUGACUCUAUGCAGAGUCAGGAAUUGAACCGAUUCAAGAGCGUGCGAUCUGCUGAAAGAGCCCCCGCUACUCGCGUAUACUCGCCAUACACUCUGAACCUUGGCAUGCAGUUCACCACGACUUUCAAACGAGCCGUUCAACGGAUCCAAGGAGAGUAUGCCUAUUUUACGGCUAUCACAGCGACGAUGCUCAUCAUCCCGUUGAUCAUGGGGUCGAUGUUCUAUCAGAUUGAUCCUGGAACAAGCGGAUUCUUUUCUAAAGGCGGUAUCAUCUUCUUCAUUGUCCUCUUCAACAUCAUCAUCAAUUUUGCUGAAAUUGUCGCGCAAUUUUCGCAGAGACCGAUUGUUGAGAAACAUCAUGCCUACAGCAUGUACCACCCGUACAUCGAUGCUCUGGCUACAAUGAUUUCGCAAUACCCAAUCAAGAUCAUCAACAUCAUGCUGUUCACGGUCAUUGUUUACUUCAUGGCUGAUCUAAAGAAGGAAGCUGGUCCAUUCUUCCUCUUCGUUGUCUUCACCUACCUUACUACAGUAACCAUGACUGCCUGGUUUCGCAUUAUCGCAGCAUUCACUUCGACUGUGGACAUAGCGUUAGCUGUGGCUGGACUAUCCAUUCUCCCGCUGGCCAUGUACGGAGGAUACGUCAUCCCCCGUCCUUCGAUGCAUCCUUGGUUUAAAUGGAUCUCCUACAUCAAUCCCAUCUACUAUACCAUCGAAGCCCUCAUGGCCAUCGAGUUUCAUGGACGGCAAGCACCUUGCCAGCAGUUAAUCCCGUCUGGCCCUGGAUAUGAGAAUGUAGACACACAGAACCAAGUCUGUGCCGUUAUCGGAGCUAGACCAGGUGUCCCGUACGUAGUCGGAGACGAGUAUAUCGCUUUGUCGCAUGGGUACUCAUAUGACCAUGUGUGGCGCAACCUCGGCAUAUCGAUCGCUUUCUUCCUAGCAUUUACCAUUAUUUAUGCUGCGACGACCGAGUUCAUGAAGUCGUCUAAUGGUACUUCCCAGAUGGUCUUUCGGAAGAAUUCGCCUUGGGCUACAGCAAAGCCUCAUGACACGGAAAGCGGUGCAGCUGGUACAUCUGGCACUGAUGAGAAGGUUGCGACUGGUGGGAGUACGCCAGGUAUCGAAAGCGGCAAAGAUGUCUUCUCUUGGAAACACCUCAACUACGACAUCGAUAUUAAAGGAACUACACGUCGAUUGCUGUCCGAUGUCGAAGGUUUUGUUGAGCCUGGUACACUGACGGCACUUAUGGGCGCUUCUGGAGCGGGCAAGACCACCCUACUCAAUGUACUCGGACAACGUGUUGGUGGAGUGGGUAUCGUAACUGGUGAUCCAACGAUCAACGGCGUUGCCUUGGAUGCCUCGUUCCAGCAGCGCACUGGCUAUGUACAGCAGCAAGAUAUCCAUAUGGCUGAGAUGACAGUCCGCGAGGCUUUCCGUUUCUCUGCGUCUCUUCGUCAACCACAAGAAGUAUCUUUGGAAGAAAAGUAUGCCUACGUCGAGAAGAUCAUCUCAAUUCUUGGUCUGGAAGACUUCGCAGAAGCCGUGAUUGGCAUUCCAGGAAAAGGACUCAGUGCAGAGAAGCGAAAACGUACCACGAUAGGGCUUGAACUUGUCGCACGGCCGUCGUUGCUCAUCUUUGUUGAUGAGCCGACAUCUGGCCUUGACUCUCAGUCAGCGUGGUCCAUCGUUCAACUGCUCCGAGAUCUUGCCAAUGCAGGCCAGGCAAUCCUAUGUACCAUUCAUCAGCCUUCUGCUACUCUUAUCGAACAAUUCGACCGACUGCUAUUGUUAGCACGAGGUGGAAAGACCGUCUACUUUGGAGAUCUGGGCAGAGACUCACAAACGGUUCUCGAUUACUUUGCUGGCUACGGUGCACCCAGGUGCCCAGAAGGCGCAAACCCAGCCGAGUACAUCCUCGAACAAAUUGGAGCAGGCGCCACAGGACAAGCAACACUCGAUUGGCCUUCAGUAUGGCAGUCAUCCAUCGAGCGCAGAGCUGUUACCGAACGCAUUGAGCACUUCGAGUCAUUAGGCCGCUCCAAUCCUGCCCAAGAUUCCAGCGCUCCGAUGCGCAAGUUUGCGACAAGCUGGUGGCAACAAUAUCUCCUCGUACAGAAGCGACUUUUCGUGCAGCAAUGGCGCUCGCCGGGCUACAUUAAUAGCAAGCUUGCUAUCAACGUCAUCGGUGGGCUGUUCAUGGGUUUUACUUUCUACAAAGAACAAAACUCCGUGCAAGGCCUACAGAACAAAGUGUUCUCAGUCUUCACGAUCCUGCUUCUCUGUCUCAUCCUGAUGGUUCUUGUCCAGCCUCGGCUCAUCGAACUCCGGAAGAUAUACGAUGUCCGCGAAAAGCACUCGAACAUGUACCACUGGAGCGUCUUCGUAGUGGCAAACGUACUCGUGGAGAUACCCUUCAAUUUUGUCAUUUCAAGCAUAUGCUUUCUCUGCUGGUACUUCCCCGUGGGCUGGUGGCGCGACAUAUCUGACGGGCGAGGCGCAUUCAUGUACCUCGUGUUCAGCGUCUACCAGAUCUAUCACGCAACCUUUUCGCAGGCACUUGCCGUCGUCACACCCAAUGCCGAAACAGCCGCCAUGUUGACCAUUCUCUUCUACACGUUCAUUCUCGCUUUCAGCGGAGUGCUCCAACCGCUUUCGCAACUCGUCGGGUUUUGGCAUUUCGCCUACUACGUCAGUCCUUUUACAUGGCUCGUCUCAGCCAUGAUGUCUACCGGUGUGCAUGACGUUCCGGUUCAAUGCACGGUAGCCGAGACCAACGUCUUCCAGCCUCCUCAGGGACAGACGUGCGGCGAGUACGCUGGCGCGUUUGCGAAUGCGAGCAUGGCGACAUUGUACAACCCGGAUGCAAAUCAAGACUGUCAGUUCUGCCAAUUCGCCGUCGCGGAUGUGUACCUUGGUGCUUUGAACAUGUCAUACGACGACCGCUGGAGGAACUUUGGCUUCCUGAUUGUUUACACUGCGUUCAAUGUGGCUGUGUUCACACUUGGCUUUUAUUUGUAUUCUGGUCCCGGAUUGGGCAAUACGCUGAAACGCGUCUUCAAGGCUAAGAAGGCCUGA